GGCUGCCUACAUGUCGCUGGUGUUUUUCCACGUGUUGAGGAGCUUGCUUUGGUACUUGAGAGCCUCCUCUUCUGAUAAAAUAACAGCGUCGGGGGGGAUAUCGCUGAAAUUUUUGCGUAACAACGCCAUGAUUUUGAGGUUAUGUACUUUAACCUCAAAAUUUAAACCUUAAUAUCGCUAACACAACGAUCUAACCACUCAGGAUGGUUAGUAUGGUCGUUUGGGGGGGACACUACGGGUCUUACGUAAUGAUAUAACCGAUACACGGGCAAGAAUUUAGCCAAAAACAUUGACAUGUGACGGUGACAUAACCUCACUUUUUGUAAUACAAAUAAAAAUUUAAUUAAAAAGUCGUGACUGGGGACUAAAAAUACGUUUUUGGUGGUUGACUCGUGUCUUUGAAAUAGCCUCCAAUUGCUUAAUUACCACUACUCCGAAUUUUGUGAGGUUGUAUUACCUAACCUCAAACCUAGUGACAAGUGUCAUCAACCCCCUAAAACAAGGAUUUAAUCACUCCGGCGACACACAAACAUCAAUUAACCCACACUUGUCCCAUCAGGUCAAAAAUGUGUGAGGAGCCCCCACAUUGUAACCACUUUGUGGUUCGUAAAAAGCGCUUCUGUCGCAUGAGUGUAAAGCCGGGUGAUAGGUUUUGCGGUGAGCAUCAACCAGCCGGGGCCACAAACGAUGAUAAAAUCCGGAUUGUGUGCCCCCUUGACCCCAAACACACUUGUUACGCUCAUAAUUUGCGCAAACACUUGAAAAUUUGUAAUGCGAGACCGGGGGCUGCCGUGGCUUAUAUCCAGCAAGGGGUGAAUUUGGGGGAUGCCCCCGAGGACCAUAAAUCACUAUCUGAGUUUAGCACGAGUGAAAUUGUUACAGUUAUUGGACGAAUUAACAAGAUUUUUGAGGAGUUUUUGAGUGAUCAAGUUACGGGGAAUUUCCGGGGGCACAGUGUGGUGGAGGCUGAAUUGGCCAAGCCUGAGUAUGGGGACAAAAGUAAAAAACACCUGAAACAGGCGUCGGCGAUUUUAGGUUUGUUGCAAGAGUGUGAUUUGAUUAAACCUGAAACGUGUUUUAUUGAGUUUGGGGCUGGGAGGGGGCUGUUGAGCUACUGGUUGGCACAGGCGUGCCCCCAGGGGACUUUUCUCUUAAUUGAACGCUCCUCCCCCAAGCACAAACGUGAUAAUAAAUUGGAAAAGAGCGAAAAAGUGAAACGAAUUAGGGCCGAUAUAGCCGACUUGGUUUUAGAUAAAUUGGAUGCUGUCUCGGGGAGUGCCUCCAUUGUGGGGGUUACGAAACACUUGUGUGGGGACGCGACUGAUUUGGCCUUGAGGUGUUUGUUGAACGUGUCAAGUGUUAAGGUUGGGGGCUUGACUAUGACUUUCUGUUGCCACCACAGAUGUCGCUGGGGGGCUUAUGUCGGUAAAGAUUUCUUUAAUCGGGUCGGUUUGACGAAGCCCGAUUUUGAAAUGAUGUGUGGGAUGAGCAGUUGGGCCACUUGUGGGACGGGUUUGAGUCGGGAGAAGAACCAAAUUGGGGGGACAGUGGAGGGCAAUGAGAGGGAUAAGGAGAUUGGAGUGACGAGGAGUCAGAAGGAGGAGUUGGGGAGGAGGGCUAAAGCGCUCCUGAAUUGGGGGCGAUUGCAGUUUUUGGAGGGUUUGGGGUUUGAGUGUCGAUUGCACUACUACGUCGAGGCGGAUGUGUCGUUAGAAAAUGUUUGUAUUGUUGCAAAAAAUAAAACAUCUUGAAUUAUUUGUUGUUUUCUUGUGUUGACACUAUGUAUAUGACUGUUAACUGUGUGUUUUUUUAUAAAUUUUUUAAGCGAAUAA